AUGAUAUAUAAGCACCGAUUUGAGCAUAGAUUGCCAUCAGUCUUAGAAGAUUUCUAGUCCGACAAUCCACCCAAUUCAAAAUGUUCAAGAUCCUGCUUGUCUGCGCCCUCGCCGCCCUGGUGGCCGCCAACGCCAAUGUGGAGGUCAAGGAGCUGGUCAACGAUGUGCAGGCCGAUGGCUUCGUCAGCAAGUUGGUCCUCGACGACGGAUCUGCCUCCUCCGCCACCGGAGACAUCCACGGCAACAUCGACGGAGUCUUCGAGUGGAUCUCCCCCGAGGGUGUCCAUGUGCGAGUGAGCUACAAGGCCGACGAGAACGGAUACCAGCCCCAGAGUGACCUGCUGCCCACUCCUCCUCCGAUCCCAGCUGCCAUCCUGAAGGCUAUCGCCUACAUCGAGGCUAACCCCAGCAAGAACUAAGUGAACCCGCCGACUAGGAACAUGAAAGAUUGGAGACAGCUAGGUUGAGUUUGGAUAUCUCUCACCAGCUGUUUCAAAUUUAAGAAAAAUGUUAUCGAAUUCGAAAAUAAAUUAGAUUUUGCAAUAUAAA